UAAAUUAAUUUUAAAAAUAUUAUCCAAAAUUUUUUAAGGUGUAAUCGAUGUAUUAACAAUGGAAAAAUUAACGUGGGAACAAGGAAAAAUGCGAAGAAGUGUGAUUGGAAAUGAUUGCCCAAAAACGUUACAAAGUGUUAAAGAAGCUAGAGCUAAAGUUGUUGAUACCGUUUCAGGGUGUGAUGAUGAAUUAGCUUCAAAAAUUAUUGAAAGUGAAAGUUUGGACAAUGCUCCUACACCACUGGUUGUUAAUGCAAUAAGAAGAGCUACAAUUUCUGAGAAAAUUAUACCAGUUUUCUGUGGAAGUGCCUACAAAAACAUCGGCAUUGAACCACUUUUAGAUGCGGUAAUAAUGUACCUUCCAUCUCCAAAAGAAACCAAACAAUACUUUCAACACUUUGGUGAAAAUCUUUGCGCGAGAGCUUUUAAAAUAGUUCACGAUAAACAACGCGGACCGGUAACUUUUUUUAGGAUUUAUUCUGGUAAUUUUAGUAAAGGUCAAAAAACAUAUAACAUUCAAAAAAAUCUCACGGAACAAACCGGUAAAGUUAUGGUGACCUUUGCGGAUGAAUAUAAAGAGGUGGAAUCAUUGGGUGUGGGAAAUAUCGCUGCUAUAACCGGAUUAAAACAUUCAACAACUGGGGAUAUGAUUACAAGUUCAGCGACAGCAGCACAAGCGGCGAAAAAAUUAAUGGGAUCGAAAGAUGGUUCGGUAGACAUCAAUGAUAUGUUUAGUAAAGGACCAAAAGUUCCUGAAGCUGUGUUUUUCUGUUCGGUUGAACCGCCCUCUUUAUCGCAACAGGCGGCUUUAGAAACUGCUUUAACUCAAUUACAACGUGAAGAUCCUAGUUUAAGGGUUAACCAUGAUCCAGAUACUAAUCAAAUUAUUCUUGGAGGAAUGGGAGAGUUGCAUUUGGAAAUAAUCAAGGAUAGGCUUUUAAAAGAGUAUAAAGUUGAAGCGACAUUAGGAAAGUUACAAAUUUCUUAUCGUGAAGCUCCGUUAGAUAAAGCAACAUGUGACAUUACGACCGAAACGAAAAUUGGAAAUAAUAAACAUUUCGUUUCGAUUUCUUUGUCUAUUAUUCCGAAACAAAACGAGGAUGAUGAAAAAGUUAUUUUAAUCCUGGAUAGAACUUCAGAAGCUGCAAGUAACAUUGCGUGUAUUCUCCCGAAACAUUUAGUUGCUGUUCGACAUGGAAUAAUUGUUGGAUUGAUGCAUGGACCCAAAAUUGGAUAUCAGGUUAUGAAUUGCCAAAUAAUGUUACAUAUGUUGAAUGUUGUAAAAGGAACAACAGAUUUUGCAAUUGAAGCAACUGCCACCCAAUGUGUUCAAAAGGUAAAUGUUUUUUAAUUACUUUAAGAUUUGAAGUUUAAGAUAUAUAUAGUGAUAAAGUCUUAAAAGGCUUUAUCACUUCGAACUUGUUUCUGAAGAAGGUUGCAAGAAAGAGGCACAGCUUAACCUGAAAGUUUCUAUAUGCCAUCAGUUGUAAACAUCAAGAACUUGCUAUCGUCGCACCAGAUGACCAGGUCCGACUGCUGUCGGGUGGAGUUGAGAUUAAUUUUCGCCCACUCUACCAGCAGCAGCAUUUAGCCUUUUUUUGAUCGUUGCCACAGAUGGCUGGCGCUACCCCGCUUGCCACAAUUCACGUCCAAUGUCCACUGCGCUGAGCCUGGGAUUGCUCCUGCUCAGCCGUACGGCAUUGCUAUCCUCGAGGCGAGUGGUAACUUUUUAUUUUCCUGGACGUUUCUUCGUCACAAAGCCUCCCUGAAUUUGCCAGUUUUUAAGAACUCUGGAUACAGCAGACUGUAUAUUCAGCCAGCUGCGUCUGCGUGAUCUUCUGACGAUGGCCUUCCACAAGACCAUACAAAGUUUUUAUAUAAAAACCUUGGUAAUCAUAUACAG